CCGGGCUGGCACUGCGCGGCGCGGCGCGGCACGGCGCGGCUGGACUCCUGGCGGCCGGACUCCUGGGUGGCCGUGCCCCCCCCCCCCCCACCCCCGCAAACAGCAAGAUGUCGUGGCACCCGCCGUACCGCAGCUCCAAGUUCCGCCAUGUGUUCGGCAAAGCAGCCAGCAAGGACAACUGCUACGACAGUGUGCCCAUCACCCACAAUGUCCAUGACAACCACUUCUGCACUGUGAACCCCCACUUCAUUGCAGUGGUGACCGAGUGUGCGGGUGGGGGAGCCUUUGUCAUCAUUCCCAUCCAGCAGACAGGCAAGCUUGACCCACAUUAUCCCAGAGUAUGUGGACACAAGGGGAAUGUUCUGGACAUCAAGUGGAACCCAUUCAAUGACUUUGUAAUAGCUUCAUGUUCAGAAGAUGCUACAGUUAAAAUCUGGGACAUCCCCAAGCACUUGCUAACAACAAACAUUACCAGUCCGAAGAAGGAGCUUCUUGGGCAUGUUCGAAAAGUAGGCCUCAUUGAAUGGCAUCCCACUGCUAACAACAUCCUCUUCAGCUCCGGCUAUGACUACAAGAUAAUGAUCUGGAACCUUGACACCAAGGAGGUUGUCGUCUCAAACCCAGUGAAGAUCCUCGAUGCUCACAGAGAUGUGGUCCUCUCCAUGUCAUUCAACACAGAUGGCAGUCUCCUUGCUACAGCCUGCAGGGACAAAAAGAUACGCCUGAUAGACCCUCGUGCAGGAACAGUCCUACAGGAAGCCAGCUACAAGUCUCACAAAGCCAAUAAAGUCUUGUUCCUUGGAAACGUGAAAAAGCUGUUCUCUACUGGAACAUCUCAGUGGAAUAAUAGGCAAAUUGCAUUAUGGGAUCAAAAUGACCUUUCUGUGCCUUUACUGGAGGAGGAUCUGGAUGGCUCUUCAGGACUUCUGUUUCCUUUCUAUGACUCAGACACGCGUAUGCUUUAUGUGGUGGGAAAGGGCGAUGGAAAUAUAAGGUACUAUGAGAUAAACCCUGAGAAACCAUAUCUGAACUACCUGAUGGAAUAUCGUUCUCAUUUACCACAGAAGGGAAUGGGAAUUAUGCCAAAGAGAGGCCUUGAAGUGUCAGCUUGUGAGAUUUUCCGUUUCUACAAACUCAUACCAACUAAAGGCCUCAUUGAGCCCAUCUCCAUGAUUGUGCCUCGACGGUCAGAGUCAUUCCAGGAAGAUAUCUACCCCUUGACAACAGGACCCCAGCCAGCACUGACAGCACAGGAAUGGCUGAACGGAGUUAACAAAGGGCCUCUCUUGGUAUCUUUGAGACCGAGCUCUGGAGUUGUGAAUUCCUUACCACAGUCUGUUGAGCCAGAGCCAGCCAUGAAAACUACCGAUCUGAGGCAGCACGAAGGUUGGAGAGGAAGGAUGUCUCUGGAAGACAUGCAGAAGCCAAAUGAGAUCAAAGACAGAAGAAAACCACUGAAAGUUGAAGAGAAAUUGCCAGAAAAAGAGCAGAUGUGCCUCUCCAAUGGCUUUGAUGUAUUUGAAUGUCCACCACCAAAAACUGAAAAUGAGCUUUUGCAGAUGUUUUACCGGCAACAGGAAGAAAUCCGCAGACUACGUGAGAUAAUUAUCCAGAGGGAUGUCCAAAUUAAACACAUGGGGCUGAAGCUCAGAAACCUCUGCACAGACGCAAGCAGUUACUGAGGGUGCUGGCCUGUAGCUCUUUGCACCCCUGGCAACUAAAGCAGGCUCCUGUUCCUGCAAAUAGCUCUUACUAGAGUUUUUGCUGGGGGGAAAAAAAGAUGCUUCAGGCAGCAUGGACUUCCCUGGCUUGUGGUGGUUACAUUUCGCUAAUCAUCACUGAUGGUUAUUGUUGGAUCUGUUGUGCUCUGUGCUUUGUCAGGCUUCCCUUGCUUGCCUGCUCACUUACGUCAGAAGCUCAUGCAUUAAUGCCAGUAAGAGAUUUUGGAAACUUGUAUUGUUCUGGUCCUGGAGAAGCCACAUUUUAAGUUCUAGGAACAACGUGUUUAGCUGUCCCUCCACCUUAUAUGAAGAUGGGAGACUGGAGGCAGCUGCCAGCUUCCUUUCCUACUGCUAGAUCCAGCAGCGUGGCUCCUGUGACUGCUGUCCUCGUGCUACUCUGGGAGAUGACUCUUCAUCUGAACUUCAGAGGCACCUCUAGCUCCAAAGCAAUCCUCAUGGACGCCUCAGGGCUCAGCUCUGCAGCUGUGUGGCUACACAGAGCUAUGGCUGCCCCAGCCUGGUGCUGAGGAUAGUCCUGCUCUGUGGGAGGCUGCACUGGAGCUGCCAAGGGCCAGCAUUUUUGUGAUAUCUAAAGAAUAUAGAUUAUAUAAAGAUUUUGGCUUCCCUUUUGCUCACUACAAAGACUUCAUCUAGUUUUCAAACAUAUUUAAUUUGUUCUUAAAUACAGCAGUAGAUGUGGGCCCUAAAAAGUCACAGAUAUUUCUUUCUGCAGCAUUAGAGAGGGGAUAGUUGUUCAUGUGGAGGAAAUGGAGUUAUGUGUUAAAAAACUGUGCCUAAAUAGGUUUAAAUGAUCAUUUAAAGUUUCUGAAACUCUUAAUAGUUUUGUAAAAACCUGUAAAACAUGGGGAUAAAAACCAAAUCUGUGCAAUUAAAAAAAAUGUAACUGAAUAAUAAAAAUAUUUGAGUUUCCUUUUCAA